AUCAUGGGUGGGGUUUGUCUAACCACAAGCCAUGGUUCUGUUUCUGUCUUUAUUCUUUAAUUUUUGCUCAAGUAAUUAUCGUAUUGUCUCUCUCUAAAUAUGUCUUAACUUUCAUUAAAGUUUCUUUGAUAAUUUUUAAGUUUGAUACACCAUAAUUUUAAGAAAUAUACGGUUCUAAUUUAAUUAUGUAUUCCAAUUAACAAUUUACUGUUUAGGAGUUAGUUUGGAAUAAUAAUGGCUACAGUUGAAACAAGGGAGGACUUGCCCCUCAAGAAAGAUGGUAAAAGAAAAGGGCUAAACUUGUGCUCUGAAGAUUUCUUAGGGGGUUCAAAAUUGGUUAAUAUCUCUUUAGCAGUGAUUACUAUUGCGAUAACAAUUGCACUGUUUUUUCAAAUUUCUUACGGUGAUUAUCAGAUAAUACCCCAUGGUAGUGUAGCAACAGACUCAAAGGAAUGCUCUGUAAUUGGCACAGAAAUUAUGAAAAGGGGUGGAAAUUCGGUAGAUGCAGCGAUAGCGAGCAUGUUUUGUCUAAGUGUUGUUUCACCCCAUAUUAUCAGUUUGGAUGGACAAGGCGAAGCCAUUAUUUACAAUCAUAAAGAACAGGUCCCCCCAGUUGUUAUCAGUUUUAAUAAAAAUUCGGCCAGUGUAUCAACUUUACCAAAUUUAGUUGCUGGUUUGUCGCAUUUAUACCUUCAUUAUGGUAAAAUGAAUUGGAAAGAACUCAUUGAACCAUCAGUAUCACUUGCAAGAAACGGAUUUAAAAUUUCUUCACAUUUGGCGAUAGCAGUGAGAUUUUUAGAAGCCGAAAAACUUUUCGGAGUUCUUAAAGAAAAUAAUGAGUUAAAGUUAGAAGUCCUUGCAAAUACUUUAGAAAAGUUUUCGUCACUUACAAACGACGAAAUUCGAAAUUUAAUACCUCGUCAAAAUCAGCCAGAAAUAACGACUACAGCAAACAUGACAUUUCAAUAUUACAAUAUAUUUGUACCGGGGGGUAUUUCCGAAGGACCUGUGUUACUUCACACCCUCAAACGAUUUCAACAAGAAAAUUUAACGAACUCAAACUCCACCAUCGAAAGUGAGUUUAUACCAAAAAUUGCAAAAAUAAAUAAAAUGGUCCACGAUGAACUUAACAUGAGUGAUACAUUUUUCAAAGGAACUAGCACCAAUGUAGCUGUAAUAGAUGACAAUGAUUUAUACAUUUCAUUAGUUGGGUUUGUAUUUUUUUCCGUUUUUGUUUUUUUCUGCUUUUGUUUAAGAGAAAGUGCCCCAAUGAAGGGUAGCGACUCUUGCGACGAAUUAGAUUCACGUAGAGAAUCCGCCCCUAAUAUUAAAGAUUCCCAAAGUUGUUCUAGUCUUAAGGCACAGAACUGA